AUGGGCUCAAUUGGCAUGCUUAGGUCAAUCUCUGGGGCGGCGGCCGAAGAAGUUCCAGUGAGCUGGACAGCCGCCCAGAGAAGCCACUGUGAUGCCCGGUGGGAGGAGUACUUGCGCCAGCAGAACCUGGAGGGCCUAUGGAGAGGCCCGCUGGGGAAGGAGCAGGACAGGUACCGACCUGUGUUGGAGAGUUUGGCUGCGGAGGAUCGCGUGAGGCAGAGGCAGUCAACGGCAAUCCGGGAACAGAAGAUGAAGUGGUCGGUGAAGCUGCGGUGCCGGGAGACACGGGAGCGACUCGCACAGUACAAGGGCGAGUUGAAGACCAUCUUUGACGCCGCCAACGAGGAUCUGAGAUAUCAGACGCAACGGCAGCAGAUGGAAGCGGCGCAUCAAAGGCAUCUCGCAGCUAAUCAUCGCUGCGCAACGAGGCUCGUUAAGCUUCCGGGUGGUAGUGACGAAGAUGCCUGUGAGCUGGAAGUUGCUACCUCGUUGUCUCGGACAAGGUAUUACCUUGGCCACAAGGGAGGCGACUACAUUUUUCGAUAUCAGGAAUUCUAUGCCUUCUAUUCCCUUUAUCGUGAGUUUGGCGCCGGUGGUGACGCAUGGGAUCCGAACGGGCCGGUAUGCCAUCAUCCCGGCUCGGAAGUCAACCUACAAUGCGACGAGGAGACCAGGAGCGACUUCCAGUACUGUGGACAAGUUCCAAGAACUUGGAAAGAGUACGCGUCCAGGUUCGAAAUGGUCUGCCAGGACAUCAUGCGGCUCUUCGGCAGUGUCAUUUCGUUUGAGCCACUGGGUGAUGGUGUGCUAAUCAACGAAGUUUACCGCCCUUGCUUGGAAGUCACCAACAUUGGCGUCAAGUCGCUGAAUCGGCUCGAAAAGACUUGGAAUGUCCGUGUCGCGAAGGAUUCAGCAUUUUUUAGCUGGGUCCAGAGCAUGGCCGCUGGCAAUUUCAAGCUGCUCGAGUUCGCAUUCCUGCUCAAUCGCCUUGAUGAGAUGUCUGGAGGCUUGUUCAAGAAGCAGGUGAGGUCGCUCGUUGAACUGUUCGGGUCAGUGACGGACAAGACCCUUCCGGAGAUGUGUGAGGCCUAUGAAGGCAUCAUGAAGGAGGAGGCAAUGAAGGAACUUCUUGAUGAAAGAAACUUUGAACAUUGCAUGGUGUUUGAAGAUGAUACCGUCGAGGAUCCUCACGCAUUUUAUGCCAACAACGAAUUUUGCUCCGACCUCGACCACCCAAGAAACCGUUUCAACCCGCCCCCCAUCCAGCGUGCCUUAGAGACAGCGUUCAAUCUCUUAUGCUACGAUUGGGACUUGCGCGAUCCUACUUCCGAAGCGACCUUGACUCAGCUCUGUGACCAAUUGGGGUUGUGCAGCUGCCGCGACAUUAUUCUGCCGGCCGCAAUUGAGCGAUUGCGGCAGCGAGCUCAGGAGCCUUGCUCGGAGCCUUCAUCCAGAGACGACAACGCUGCAGCGGCCUCUCGACCAGUAGCGAGAGCCGCACGUCGUGGCCGCCCACCCAAGCGAAGAGCAUCUCCAUCCGCUCAAACCGCCGCUAGGCCAAGGAGCUCCAGACGACGCAACGGAUAA